AUGUCCUCUUCUAGUUUGAAGAAAGUUCCAGGAACGCUUCAUGAUCACUUAGAAGAUGCCUCAAGUCAUUAUAACUACUUUGAAACUAACUUGACGGACAAUAAAGUUUCAAAAAGGGUGAGGAUGGACGAAAUUAUUUCUACCAAUCCUGAUAUACAUGAAUAUUCCGAAAUUCUUCGUAAAGGGGCAAUUUUUGCUAUCGUAGGAAGCUUCUCUGCCAUAAAUUUUGGGAUGGAUGAAUCUGCAGUUGGUGGUGCUCAACUUCAGUACAUUAAAAAAUUCAACAUCAUCGAUGCUAAUGUUCAAGGUACCAUCAAUGCCGCACCUUAUUUAGCUGCUGGUACUUUGGGGACAGUGUCAACAGUGCUUUUGGACCAAGUUUUAGGACGUAGAGCCAUCAUUUUCAUUUCAGCUUUGUUUGGUAUCCGUGGCUCGUUAUGA